UUGCUUCACAAAAUUAUCUUCACGUGCUCUCUGCUUCUUACUAAAAACCUUAUCCAUCAAUUAAUCCCUCUGCUGCUUCCUCUUUUUUGUUUAUUUGGGGUCACUUGUGAGGUCGUUAUUGCUGCUGCUGCUGCUCCUAUAUAUCUAUAUCACAUACCGUUUUGUUCGUUGGUGGUUGACCAACAACCGUUUUUUCUUCUGAGAAACGCCGUCGUAUUUUGCUUAAGCUAUAGCCAUGGAAAAUAAGAGACAGUCGACUGGUUCAUCUUCUUUGGAUCAUCUUUUUGGCCCUAAAGACUCGUCUGCUGCUUCUUCUUCUUCCAGUGUUUUCGGGUCCAUCUUCUCUUCUCCAUCAACGGGGCUGGGGAGAGAUUCUGCAGGAAUUAUGGGAAAUCAAGCUGGGAAUAGUAAGUAUGGAAAUUCAGUAGCUAAUUACUCUCAAAGCAACAAAGGAGGGAAUGGCAAAGAUUCGAGUCCUUCAAAUUAUCAAAAUGAAACAGCAGAACCAUGUUAUUUCAGCUCAUCAAUUUACUAUGGUGGCCAAGAAAACUAUUCUCCAAGGACCAAGAAUUCAGAAUCUCAUACUAGUCAACAGUUCAAGAAAGAUGACAAAAAUGAUGAUCCUAAUGGAAAUAAUUCCAACACUGCUUCAAGAGGAAAUUGGUGGCAGGGUUCUCUCUAUUACUAGAUCCAACCACUUAGUCAAAACAAAGAAAAAUCAGUAUCAAAAGCUAAUUAAGGAGGAUUAAUUAUGGAUAUAUAUGUAUGAUCUACCUUAAUAUAUAUAAUAUGGGAAUAAAAAGAUGAAAUUAUUAUAUUACUUGGGAGUAAAAUAUGGCAGAAGCUGAAGCAUUUUGUGUUGGA